UCAUCGUAAGUCAACCAUAAUUGAUGCUUCUAUGACGUACCUGCUGUACUGUAUCAACACGAUUAACACCUUCCUUCCAACCCCAAGCAUACCAAAGGAUCCUACUUCCAUAGGUGUACCGACACCCACAAAUUCAUCGACACUACCUAUGCAAAUCCGUGAAAGAAGGUACCUCUCCAAAAACGUAACGAACGCAAAGCUCCUCUUCAAUCCCACCCGCUCAACAAAGAUCCAAGAACCCGGAACGGCGGAAGACUAUGCAAAACAAAGAAAGUCUACAUUCAACAAGGUCCGCCGCAAGCGUACAGAUGUAGAACGAUUCGUCAGAACCUGAUCCAUUGCAACAAACCAAGAGCCUUUUCCCAAAGACCAAUUCCGAGCGAACUGAUGCUGAAAAAUCCGGAGCUUACUUUCACCUCACCUGAAGGAAACCAAUUUCUCUCCU